AUGGAUGAGCCAAGAUCGAUAUCAUUGACGAUCGCUAAAAUACAGGAACAGAUUAACGCUCGAGACAUUCCGUGCAAUGUCAAUAAAGAUCAGCAACAACAGGAAGAGUGUGAGACAACUACAAUCGUCCCAUUGCGAGUACGAGUCGACGAUGAUAUGCAAAGUGAGACUUUGCUAGAAUUUGAAUGCGACUGGACGCCAGGUAUUGGCGGCUCUGUCUGGACUAGUGGCGAGCUUUUAGCAGCACAUUUGGAGCUGCAACGAGAGUAUUAUCGGUCAAUCUUUGAUGGUGCCCGUAUUGUGGAACUAGGCAGUGGAACAGGUUACGUUGGUCUUAUGAUUGCUUCCUGCUUUAAGCCAGCAUACGUGUAUCUGACAGAUCUACAGACGCACAUCCGUGGGUUAUGUCGUAAUGUCGAGCGCAACGCUGGGGCAGUGCGGUCUGGUGUACAGGUGCACGUCUUGGAGCUGAGCUGGGGAUCGCUGGAGCAGGAGACGAAUCUGCUGGAGUUGUUCACUAGUACGGAUCAUGACUCGGACAACCAUAAAGCUGCACAGAUAGAUGUCAUCCUGGGUACUGACGUGGCGUACCAGCAAGAACUGUACGACCCCUUGCUGCACACGAUGAACCGCUUGGCGACAUCGCGCACGUUAAUUCUUUUAGGCUUGAAUCGUGCCGAUACCGAGUUUACGUUCUUUCGACAACUUGAGCGCCAUGGCUUUGAGUACUACAGGAUCCCGGAUUUUAAGCUACCGAAGGAGUAUUGGGGCCACGAGUUCGGGCUGUUUGAGAUCCGCCGCCGACCUGACCAAGCAAGUUGA